AGUGUUGCUUGGCAACUGAGAGAUCUACUACCGGCGGCCUUGGGCGUGAAUACAGCAGGCGCUGUGGUGCAGCGUCGAUUUUUGUGACAGCAGCUCGCAGCCUAUUGGCUACUAGUCAAUGUUGCGGGGACAGACAGCGGGGUCCCAGGCAAUGGCUUCCUCUCAGGCGGCGGGGCCUGGGUCAAGCCCGGAUGCCUUAGUGUCAGUGAGCGGGACGGUGCAGAAGUACGUAGCCAAGAAGAAGAAGGUGCUAAACCCGGAGGAGGCCGAGCUGUACGAGCUGACCCACGCGGCUGGGAUUGUUCUAGACCAGGAGGUGUUUAAAAUUCUUGUGGAUCUAUUAAAGAUGAAUGUAGCCCCAUUAGCAGUUUUCCAGAUGCUGAAGUCAAUGUGUGCUGGACAUAAGAUAACGGAUACAGUUUCUGCCAUUAGCAGCUCUAUAUCAUUAGCACCCAGUCAUUCUGAUGUUCGAGGAAGAAACAAACUGAAUCCGACAACCAUUACGACUCAAGGUCCAGGAGAACGGAGCUGCAGAGAAGGAUCUAGCCAGAGAAUUCCACGUCAGCCUAGUGGCAGUCGCAUGCAGAAGAGCAGCAGCUCUGGGAAAAGCAGCGGAGGAAGCAGCACAUAGUACAUCCGGCACCCUUCUGCUGCAGCACGGUUUCAAUCAGUGCAGGAAUCUGAGCCUCUGUUAAGAUCAUUAGCUAAUGUUCUAGACCUGUUUUACUAUAGUUCUCGAAAUGCCUAGUUCGGGGCUCCCCAACUUUUUUUUUUACCCAUAAGAAACGCAAGCAUGGGUUGAGCAAAAUAAGUGCUGCAUCGGACAUUUGUUAGCUCCAAUGUGGACUAGAAGAAUACAGAAGGCUCUGUUUGGCAGUAUACCUGGUCUUUGUGCAACUAACACUUAUCUCGAAACCAGGAAUCUGCUUUGAGGCCACUGGGAGCAACAUGUUGUUAACAGGCCACUCGUGGGGAUCACUGGCCUUUAGUAUUAUGGACAUACGGCUGGCAUAUGAUUCAGCUGUAAUCUCAUGAAUUUGAGAUUGUUUCUUUAUACUGCAAUUAUUUGUCACAUGAAUUGCACUGACAGUACUCUCUGUUGUCUAAAGCAAGGCCUAGUCCUGAUGCAAGAAUUAGCAGACUCAGGGCUCCUUCCUACUUUGCAUACGUUGCAGCCCCAAUUAAGUUGCAGUCAAAUCACUGCAACAUUUUAAAGCUAAAAUGCUCCACGGACAUUUAUUAAAAUUAAAUGGGUUGUUCACCUUC